AUGGGUAUCUUUCAUGAGCCGACCAAUCAAACUUCCUCCCCAACACUCAAAACUACCAAAAGCGAUCACCACGCGCAUCAACGACAAUCCCCAAAGCCAGCACUUCUCAACUCUCCAGUCGCUUGUAUUGAUGGUUCUAGAGGCCUCAAGGCUCUUCAUCAGCUGCUUGGUCUACACAAAAGCGGACCGCUUGGACCAAUAACAAGUAUUGGUGCUGUAUUUGUCGCAAUCGAUUUUAAAUACCAAGCAUGUCAGAAUUCUACCCGCAAGUGUCAUGAGGUUGGAUUGUCAAAAUUUGACACAAGAUCCGUUAUGCGCACUGGAGAAGAUCGCACGCAAAUGAUCAAGACCAAAACCUUUGUGAUUGAAGACCUGAUCGACAGCAAAUUCAAAGUUUGUCGUCGCAACUCAAAAUCAGGACAACCUUCUAAAUCCGGUAAUCUAAGCAAACUCCGAAACUUCCUCGAAGAAGCCAUUUUCGUACAUGAUGGAAAUCGACGGCAGGUCGUCCUUGUUGGCCAAAACGUACGAAAAGAAUUAGAUCUUCUACGGGAAAUUGGCCUUGAUCUUGUAGGCGAAUACAAUCCCGGACUCCUCGCUAUCCUAGAUACAUCAUCUAUCGUCACUAGCCUAGGAAUGCAACCACAAGAUGACUUCCACACUUGUGGCUUAGAACAUGUUUUGGAGCAACUUGAGAUUUCAUUCCCAUCAAAGGGAGUCCGAAGCGCUGGAGAUAACGCGCAGUACACACUUAGAGCGCUGUUUGGAUUGGGUGUGCUUAGUGCAGACUCGGCGGCGGGGAGUGAUGAGGUUACCUAUCGACGACGUAUGGAGACUUUUGCGAGAAUCAGUUUGGGUGUACCGGAAGCUGGAUCAAAUCAGAAUAAGAAAGCUCAGAGUUUCGUCCCAAAGAAUGAGGGCCAUGAAAACCAUGGUCGGUCAUCUUUCGAUUACGGUUUAGCAGUCAGAGCGUCCGCCUAA